UACAUAAAAGUUAGAGUGUAUUUUGCAAGGUCAACGCGCCUCCAUGCCUGUUGUUCAUGUGUCUGUUUCUAAAGAAGGUUAAAUGUCUUCUUGAAUGGUAGUGUUUACUACUUUGAUGAGUUGCUCUUGCUUGUCAAUCAGCAUUUCUAACUAUGCCACAGAGGCUGCUGAAUGCUAGUUUCAUGCACUUGUGACUACUGUGUGCAGCUAGAGUUUUUAAUUUGUGGAACAGAAACGUUCAGGAUUUUGUGGACCCAGGAAUUUUGAACUGAAUUUGUUUGUGGUGUAAACUUGAAGAAACUUGUAGGUUGGGAAGGGGAAGUUAUGGCAGCAGAUAUUUUGCUAAUGAGAAGACUAACCAGACUGAAGCAAGUGAUAUAUCAGAGUCAUAUUCUGAGUGUUCAGAGGAGAAAACACCUGGGACUUACACAACAGCAUCUGAAAGAACAGGAAUAUAGAUACAUAGAGAGAACAGUAAUAACAGGUAGAGGUGUUGUAAAAUCAGUCUAUAGUCUUUCUCACAUUGGCACAGGACCAAAUAGUGCUGAGCAUGUCCGGGCUCUAAAUUCUCUGAAAGACAAUGAAAAAGGCAAUGGAGCGAUCAACAAUUAUGGCCACAAAUGUUUGGGGGAAACCAUAUGCAAGUUAUUUGAAAGGCAUACACAACCACAACUUCCAAGCUACAAACAGACUCGUUCCUUCCAUCAAGAUCAUUGGCACUGGAGCGAUGCCAAAAAGGAAGGACCUGACACAUCCAAGAAACACAAGCAGAUGCUCAGCGAGAGUGCACGUGAGCGCAAAGUACCAGUUACAAGGCUGGGACGUUUGGCAAAUUUUGGGGGCUUGGCAGUUGGCCUUGGGUUGGGGGCUAUUGCUGAAGUGGCAAAGAAGAGCCUCAGAUCAGAGGAGAAAAAAGGAAGUAAAAAAGCUAUCUUUGAUUCAAACCCAUUUGUUUCUGAGGCUAACGCUGAACGAAUUGUUCGGACUCUGUGUAAAGUUAGAGGAGCUGCUCUUAAACUUGGGCAAAUGCUCAGCAUCCAAGAUGAUGCUUUCAUCAAUCCUCAGCUGGCAAAGAUCUUUGACCGUGUUCGACAGAAUGCUGACUUUAUGCCAACCAAGCAAAUGAUGAAAGUAGUGAGCAAUGACUUGGGCCCAAACUGGCGCGAUAAUUUGGAGUUCUUUGAAGAUAAGCCUUUUGCUGCUGCCUCGAUUGGUCAGGUUCACCUGGCUAGGAUGAAGGAUGGCAGAGAAGUGGCUAUGAAGAUCCAGUACCCUGGAGUUGCCAAAAGCAUCAGCAGUGAUGUCAACAACCUAAUGGCCGUCCUCAGUUUAAGUAAUGCAUUACCUGAAGGUCUGUUUCCAGAGCACUUGAUAGAAGUUAUGAGCAGGGAACUUGCUCUCGAGUGUGAUUACGUAAGGGAAGCCAAAUGUGCCAAAAAAUUUCAAGAGUUAUUGAAGGAUCACCCUUUCUUCUAUGUGCCAAAUGUUGUGGAUGAACUAAGCAGCCAGCAUGUCCUCACUACUGAGCUUGUGUCUGGUUUCCCUCUGGAUAAAGCUGAGGAUCUGCCACAGGAACUUAAGAAUGAGAUCUGUGAGCAGAUAUUGAUUCUUUGCUUGAGAGAGCUCUUUGAGUUCAGAUAUAUGCAGACUGAUCCGAAUUGGUCAAAUUUCUUCUUUGACCCACAAAAGCACAAGGUUGCACUGUUGGAUUUUGGAGCCACAAGGGGUUUUGAUGCAGGUUUCACAGACUUAUAUAUCGAGAUCAUCAAGGCUGCAGCAGACAGAAAUAAGGAGGGGGUUUUACAACGAUCAAUUGAUAUGAAAUUUCUAACAGGUUAUGAGUCAAAGGCAAUGAUGAACGCCCACGUGGAUGCAGUUAUGAUUCUAGGGGAUGCAUUUGCCUCAGACGAGCCCUUUGACUUUGGCACUCAGAGAACGACGGAGCAGAUCCACAGCCUCAUCCCUGUCAUGCUAAAGCAGCGACUCACCCCUCCUCCAGAAGAGACUUACUCUCUGCACCGUAAGAUGGGAGGCUCAUUUCUUAUCUGCUCCCGCCUGAAAGCCAAGCUGUGCUGUAAGAACAUGUUUCAGGAGGCCUAUUCCAAAUAUUGGCUUGAUCGACAAACACAAAAUGCCUAGUGAGCAGUUUUGUAUGAAGUUUAUAGGGGAGUCCAGAAAGCCAGACCACAUUUAAGAUGUUAAAAAAAAUUUCAUGACCCUUCUAAAUGUGCACUUUUACUUCAUCUAUACAAAAGAAAAGAAUUGAAGGAUGAUGUCUGACAAAUGUAGGAAUGUCUUUUCUUUUGUAAUGAAAAAUGUUAAAUGAAACAUAUGGAAAAUUACUGUCUGAAUUACUUCUGAAUGGCAUGAAGUAAAAGGUAAUGAAUUUGCAAAAAAAGCUUGUUACUAAAGUUCAUUUGUGAUUUCAAAACCAUUUCUAAAGAAGUCAGCAUAAAUACCACAGCAUUCUGUGCCAGUAUUUUGUAAUAUGCUGUAGUUAAGGGUACAUUUUCCAUAAUAGAAAAAAGGCCUCAUCAUGAAGGGAUUGCAUUUAUUUUUCAAGAAAUUAAAAGAUGAGGGCAAAAAAAGAGGAUGGUGAAUAAUCUAACUACAGUUUAAACUAGUAAAUUUAAAACAUUUUCCAACUGUGUAUGUUGUGCUAGUUUCUUAAUGAAUAAAAAUGGUAAGCAUUGGAUAACUGCUGUGGUAUAAGGGAAAUAAAACACUUUUCAAACACUU